AUGACCAAAGAAAUAAAUAAAGACCUUGAUAAUAAGUACGACAAGAACAAUCCUAAUUAUAAAUUGAAAGAUAUCAAGUCAGCUAUUCAGAUUUAUUUAGCGCGUGAAAGAACUGCAUCAGAAACGAUUGUGAUUAACAACCUCAGCACUCAGAUGGAAACUAUGUCGAUGAGCACCACGCCAAGGAGUUUUAAUCAAACUAGACAAUUUACCCCAGCUAGAUCGUCAGGAAACAAUUAUCAAGCUUCCCCCACGUCACGUUUCACUUCUCCUUGCCCAGCACCGAAAAUCGAUCCGAUCAGAUGGCAAAGGGGACCUUCAGCAUGGAGCAGAAACGAGAAUGAUCGCAAAAACUCAUCAAACGUACCUCUCGACAUACCAAGCAGUGCUGUUGGGGUACCGGAGGUUGUAAAUCAUACGAUGGAAAUGGAGAUCGUACUGGAGCUCAUUGGAGAGACUGGAGGAAAGUCAGUAAUGGUCAAUGGUAUAGCUUGA